UUAGCGCCAUAUUUGAUAAUACAAGUUGGAAAAUUUUGAAGUAAAGUCACCUACAUUUCUGUAGGAUUUUAGCCAUUCCUAAGAUUUUGGUACAGCGAAACGUAUUAAUGAAGUCGGAAAUGUCGGAAAAUGAUACAUACACAGUAUUUGAUACUGAGACCCAGCAACCAUUAACAGUUACUGUUGCUCAAGGAGGCACAGAUGAAUCACAUGGUACAAUACAAUAUAUUACUCAAGAUGGCGUCCAACUUCAACAGAUCACCCAGCCUGGUGGGGAAAUUGUACAGGUUGCAGAUGGAACACUCUCAAAUAUUUCAAACUUCACAAGUGUCUCACAAGGAACAACUUCCAUUGCACCUGGGACAGGCCAGAUUGUUCAGACUUCUAAUAUUGUCCAACAACCAAAUAACUUGAUGGUCCAAGGCUCACCCCAAGUGAACACCACAGCACAAAUGACCCCAGCUGUUGGGGUUCCACAGAUGUUGUUCCUGAAUCAAGUGACAGUCAAUGGACAAACCUCUUUUGUGCUUGUGGAUGCCAACAACAAACCAGUGCAACUUCCUCAAGGUAUACAAGUAAUAAAUCUACCCACACAACCUGUCAACCAGCAGGUGCCAGUGGCAAACGAUACUGGCGAGGAACCACUAUACGUUAAUGCCAAACAGUAUCACAGAAUUUUGAAACGAAGACAAGCUCGGGCCAAACUAGAGGCCUUAGGCAGGAUACCCAAAGAAAGACAAAAAUACCUGUACGAGUCAAGACACAGACAUGCUUUAAACAGACAGAGGGGACUAGGUGGUGUAUUUGUCAAAGGGCCCAAAGAUGGAGCAGGAGGGGGAGAUGGCACAGGAGAGAAAAGUAAUGGGAGGGACAACCGCUCCUCCCCUGCCCCCGUUCACACUACUCAUGUACCUAUAGCUAUCGCCCCUAGCUCAUCUCAGCCCCAGAGUUCAAAUUUCAACAUGUCACAGUUGGCAUCUGGUCAGAUUUCCAAUGUUUCUCUGAGUGGGCUGCCACCUAAUAUAGCACAGCAAAUUUCAUCAGGACAGAUUACCAUUUCGACACCUUCUGGCAUUCUUAAUGUGAACAAUAUUAAUAACGGAAACAGUGGAGAGACUGUGGACACAAAGGGGGAUUUUAUCACUUCACUUGCCACAUAAAUGAAAACUAUUCUAUUUUUCAUGUGUAAUAUUUUCAUAUCAUUUAUCUAUGUCCAUUACAUAUUCAACUUUCAUAUUGUUUUUCACACCAAAACUGCCUGAGUUUAAAUGUUGUUUACAAUAAUGUAUCCAAAGUAUGUCUGACAUGCAGAAAAAAGUUUUAGACAUGUAGCUUUUAUUUAAAUAUCAUGUUCAUGACUCCUCAAUAAACCUAUUGAGAAAAGA